UGAAUACUUUUUUGAAGGGCGUUGUUUCCCGCAUCAUGCAUCCCCGAAGUCAUCGCGCAGCAGCAGCAGCAACAGCAGCAGCAGCAGCAGCAGCUGCUGCUGCUGCUGCAGAUGGCUGCAGCAGCAACAGCAGCUGCUGCAACCACUCGCAGCAGCUGCAGCGGAUAGGCACUGUCACAGAGCUACGAGACAACAGCGACAGCGGAGCUGAUGCAGCAGCUAGUGCAGCAGCAGCAGCAGCAGUGGUCGAAGCUGCAGCAGCAGCAGCAGCAGAUGCUGCUCCAGCCACGGAGGAUAGAUGCAGGGAAGCAGCAGCAAUGACUGCUUGGUGGAAGCGGACCGGCAGCAGCAGCAGCAGCAGCAGCAGCUUUCCUUUCUGUCUUGCUGUUAGAUCUGUGUAUCUUUGUCUUUUCAAAGCUGAGGACCUGAACCGAGCUGCUUUGAUUCCAGCAGCGGAGUUUGCUGCUGCAGCGUCUCGCUGCUUGGGCAGCCUUGCGGGUUCUGCUGCUGGGUCUUUGCUGCCGCGGCAGCGUGCUGCAGAAGACGCGGCAGCAGCAGCAGCAGCAACAGCAGCAGCGGGAGCAGCAGGAUCAGCAGCAGUCCCUUCCGCAGGAACAAUACAGCUCAAAUACAGCACCCUUCCAGUGCUUGUUCUCGAGCUGCAGCAGGUGCCUGCUGCUGCUGCUGCAGAGAUUGAAGAGCAACAGCAACAGCAGCAGCAGCAGCAGCAGCAGCAGGACAGAGGCAGCUCUUGCUUCCAAUCCGUGGGGUAUCUGUCCAUUGAAUUCAGAAGCGACGUUGGCCUCUGCUGGCACUUCUACAGAGAGCGACCACCAGGUCUGGAAGCAGCACUUCUGUCCCGCGAGGUGUCUCGACAGCUGGUGUGCGCCUCGCUUCGAAAAAGCGACAGAAUUUUCUUUUUUAAAAAAAUGAAAAAGUUUUUGAUGGAGGAAAAGUUCAAGGAGUACCACCCCACAAAGUGGAGCAGCUGGGACUUUAUAGAAGAGCUUCUUGUCCGCUGCGCCCCAGAGGAGGCGCAGCAGCUGCUGGCCUUCUUGCAUUCCUCCGCUGCUGCAUGCUAA